AUGUUAACACCGGUUCCCGAGUCGAUCAACUUCGCCGAAGAGGAGGUGAAGAUACAUGAGUUGUGGCAACGGUUGGACGCGUUCAAGACAUCGUUGAAACAGUCGGCCCAACGGCCGCGAUAUGUCUUCUUCGACGGCCCGCCGUUCGCCACAGGACUCCCCCAUUACGGCCAUAUACUCACGAGUACUAUCAAAGACAUUAUCCCCCGCUGGGCACACAUGUCGGGCCAUCACGUGGAGAGACGGUUCGGUUGGGACACUCACGGACUGCCCGUUGAGUUCGAGAUCGAUAAGGCGCUCGGCAUCACUGGUCCCGACGAUGUCCACCGUAUGGGCAUCAGAGCCUACAAUGACGAGUGCCGUAAGAUUGUGAUGCGUUACGCCUCGGAGUGGCGACAGAUAAUCACCCGAAUGGGCCGUUGGAUCGACUUCGACAACGAUUACAAGACACUAUACCCGACGUAUAUGGAGAGCGUUUGGUGGGUAUUCAAACAGUUGGUCAACAAAGGUCUGGUCUAUCGGGGCGUGAAAGUGAUGCCCUACUCGAGCGCAUGCAAUACCCCUCUGUCUAACUUCGAGAGCGGCCAGAACUACAAGGAAGUGGUGGACCCGUCGGUGAUCGUCACCUUCCCGUUGGACGACGAGCCGGACGUAGCGCUGGUCGCGUGGACUACCACUCCGUGGACACUGCCCUCCAAUCUGUGUCUCUGCGUUCAUCCGGACUUGGAUUACGUCAAAGUGAAAGACCAUAAGUUGGACAAAGUUUUCGUCCUAAUGGAGGCCCGACUCGUGUCGCUCUAUAAGAAGCCCGAAGAGUAUACAGUUCUCGAGCGCUUCAAAGGCCAGACACUGCGGCACCGGAAGUAUCGGCCGCUGUUUCCCUACUUCGAGCACUUGAGGACUGCCGGCGCGUUCAUUGUGUGCUGCGAUACGUAUGUGACGGCCGACAGCGGCACAGGUGUUGUCCAAUGCGCGCCCUAUUUCGGCGAAGACGACUACCGCGUGGCUCUGGCCAACGGUGUCAUCAAACGGGACGGUGAGGUCGUGUGUCCGCUGGACGCCAACUGCCGAUUCGUGGCGCCGGUCACCGAAUACUUGGGUCAGUACGUGAAGGACGCCGACAAAGAGAUCAUCAAACGGUUGAAAACGAUGGGACGACUGGUGAACAGCUCUACCGUUAAACAUAGUUAUCCGUACUGUUGGCGGUCGGAGACACCGUUGAUCUACCGGGCGGUGCCGUCUUGGUUCGUACGCGUGGAACAGUAUUCGCAGCAACUCUUGGAAUCAAACGCUUCCACGUAUUGGGUGCCCGACUUUGUCAAAGAGAAACGCUUCGGCAAUUGGCUCCGCGAGGCUCGCGAUUGGUCGGUCUCCCGGAACCGCUAUUGGGGAACACCUAUACCGCUGUGGGUGAGCGCCGACGGCGAAGAAGUGGUGUGCGUGGGAUCUAUCGAGGAGUUGGAACGGCUGAGCGGCCAGAAGGUGACUGAUCUGCACCGCGAGAAUGUCGACGAUAUUAAGAUACCGUCGCAGACGGGCCGCGGAUUUCUCACGCGAACCACCGAAGUGUUUGACUGUUGGUUUGAGAGCGGAUCCAUGCCUUACGCUCAGUCGCACUACCCGUUCGAGAACCGCAAACUCUUUGAGGACAACUUUCCCGCCGACUUUGUCGCUGAGGGCGUGGAUCAGACUCGCGGCUGGUUUUAUACGCUCGUAGUGUUGGGAACACUACUGUUCGGCAAACCUCCCUUCAAGAACCUGAUCUGCAACGGACUCGUGUUGGCCGCCGACGGCCAGAAGAUGUCCAAAUCGAAGAAGAACUAUCCGGACCCGAUGAACGUGGUCGACAAGUACGGCGCCGACGCGCUGCGCCUGUAUUUGAUUAAUUCGCCGAUAGUUAGGGCCGAGAAUCUGCGCUUCCGUGAAGAGGGCGUCAGAGAUAUCCUGAAGGAUGUGUUCCUUCCGUGGUAUAACGCCUACCGAUUCCUCGUCCAGAAUAUCGAGUGGUUUGAGAAGCAAAACAAUGGCAUGAAGUUUACGUACGACUCGGCGCUCGUCAACCAAUGCGAUAACGUUAUGGACAAAUGGAUCUCAUCUUUCACUCAGAGUUUGGUCCGCUUUGUCAAGAAGGAGAUGAAUGCCUAUCGACUCUAUACAGUGGUUCCACGACUGAUAAAAUUUGUGGACAAUCUGACCAAUUGGUUCGUCCGCAUGAAUCGGAAGCGCCUGAAGGGCGAAGAGGGUCGGGAGGACACCAACAAAGCCCUCCACACACUGUACAGCGUAUUGAUGACAAUGAUUGAAGUGAUGGCAUCGUUCACACCAUUCCUCACGGAACACAUGUAUCAGAACCUGAAGCGACUGAAUCCGGGCAAAGAUGUGGCCGAAAGUGUCCACUAUUUACUGCAUUCGCCGGUCAGGGAUGAGCUCAUCGACGAGACAGUGGAGCGUCAGGUGUCACGCAUGCAAACAGUGGUAGAAGUGGGACGAGUUCUUCGCGACCGGCGAACACUGCCGUUGAAGUAUCCUUUGCCGGACGUAGUGGUGGUCAGCAAAGACGAGACCAUUUUGGCUGACGUCCAGACCCUCGAGCGGUAUAUAAUGAACGAACUGAACGUCCGUAAGGUUAUAGUGACCACAGAGAAGGAGAAGUAUGGCGUUCAGCUGAAGGCCGAGCCCGACAUCAAAGCCCUGGGCUUACGGCUCCGCAACGAGUCUAAGGCAGUGAUACAAGCGAUCCGAGCGCUCACAGACGCCGACCUCCAGCGCUAUCAGAACAGUCCGGACGGCUUCCAAGUGGCCGGACAUGCGUUAGAAGCGGGAGAUAUUCGCGUUCAGUACACGUUUGGCGGCGAUAUGGCGGCCGAACUGUCCGACCAGUACGAGGCCGAGAGUGACGGCCAGAUACUCGUGUUGUUGAACAUUAAGCCGGACUCUGGUAUGCAGGACGAGGGCGUCGCCCGAGAGAUCAUUAAUCGCAUCCAAAAGUUGCGAAAAAAGGCACAAUUGGUUCCGUCGGACGAAGUUGUCGUCCACUACGGGGUGGAUGCCGUCAAGAGCGCAGACUUGGCCCGAGUUAUCACACAAUUUAACGAAUUCAUAGCAAACACGUUGAAAGCGCCGCUCAAACCGAUGCCCGUGACUGAGGGCUGGCAUCUCGUGAUUGCCGACCAGCAGACCAUCAAAGACGAGGCCAUCGACUUUGAGAUCGUAUCGCGUGACCAACGGCUGGCCAACGCCGGCGCCGCUAUAGACACGGCUGUUAAGACACCCGAUGCUAAAGAUAGCGCCACUAAGACUGCGGGUGCGGCCGAUAAGAGUGGUAAAGGAGCCGGCGAUACGAAAUUGACUAAUGGUUUGCCCGUUAAGAGUGGCGGUGCGACCAAACCGGCGAAGACUAGUUCCAAUAAACAGAGCGGUGAUAGCGGUUCCGGAGGUAUGGUCUCUGAGCCUCCGUUUUGCAAGUAUUUGAAUAUAGAGUUGUGUAAUAAAGAGGGAAAGUGUGACCGAAAGGCAACCGUUUUGUUGGAGAAUCCCGUCGGCGACUACAUUACCAGCGGUGAAGAGUUGGCCUCUAAUAUAAGAGUAGCUUUUGGUCUGAAUUCAAAGCUAUUGCUGUUUGAGACUCGAGAUAAACGCAAUGCAAUUGAUUUGAACUCAUAUAACACUGGAUUAAAUUUAUACAACGACUUCAAUGGCAGAACUGUCUAUGCGUUUGAACAUUGA